GGUAACCAUGCUUAGCAGCUCACAAUAGAAACUAUUACUUUACCAAAAUGAUGUCUUUAAGAUCAACCUUAACAAGUUUUUAUUGCCUUUUUGUUUUACACUAUGUGGAAUCUCAAGUUAUUAUAACAUUAUAUACAAGAUCAAUUCCUAAUGGAGUACAACUUACUCAAAGUAAUAAAUACUCUAAUUCCGCCUAUAGUAACACAAAAGUCACUAAAUUUACCAUUAAUGGCUGGGUUUAUAACUGGGAUCCAACAUUUCCUAAUAUAACAAAAGCUUAUCUUAAAAAAACCGAUUUAAAUGUUAUAAACAUUAAUUGGUCCGCUAUAUCGGGUGAUAUGAAUGGAACGGUUGGGCUCCAAAAUUUUAACGCAGUUGGCAAUGUUUAUCUGGAUUUGUUAACGAAUUUGAUUGCCAGCGGUUCGAACGCGAACAACUUUCAUUUAAUUGGCCAUGGUUUAGGUGCGCAUGUUGCUGGUUACGCUGCCCAGCGAUUAUUUGCUACCAAAAACGUAAAAGUUAACAGAUUAACGGGUUUGGAUCCUACUAUUCAAACAAUUAGAAAUUUAACAUCAACUGAUGCUCAAUUUGUCGAUGUAAUUCAUACUACUGAUGUUUAUGGUACUUAUAAAGCUUUGGGUAUCGUUGACUUUUUUCCAAAUAAUGCGCUUGUACCUCAAGCAGGUUGUGGUUUUGAAUAUGUACCAAUGAUAGCCUGUUCACAUUAUAUGUCCGUUAUUUUCUUUGGAAAUAGCAUUAAAAAUGGUACGUUGUAUUUAGCAACAAAAUGCACUAACUAUGAAAAUUAUAAAGAUAGUCUUUGUACCCGGAAUGCAACGACAUAUAUGGGAGAGAGCGUUGCACGAAAUGCUACUGGUUCGUAUUAUCUGAGUGUUUAUCUAAGAUCAUCAAACUUAACAACUGAAUUAAAAAGAAUGUUUGGUCCUCACCACAAACAUCAUAUUAAACACCAUUAAGUGCUUUUCUUAUGUAGGUAAAUGAAUAUUGUUAAAGUAAAGGUAAUCAAGUUUCACUGUUAAUAAAAGAAAAUAAUUCAAGGUGUUUUAAAUAAAAGGAAGUAAAUGAAAAUAA